UUUUGCCUCGGGCGGUGUCUUACCUGGGCUCGGACCCGCCAGCCUCCGGGUCUGAGUCGCUGCAGGCCGAGGACUGGGCCUGGCGGGGCGCCGUCUGCAUUUCCUCUCGCAGACCGGGGCCCGGGGCUUCCCCUCAGCCGCCGGUUCCAAAGUUCCCGAACCCGGAGGUCUGGGCUGGGCCGGCAGACGGGGCGACUCCCGGGCCGGGCGGAGGUGCAGAAACCCCGUCAGCAUCGUCCUGGGCGCUGGUGCGUGGAUCCCCGCGGGUCUGGGAAAGAUAAAACAUGGAGGAAGACAGAGUAGCUGAUGAGUUACAGAAAAAUAUGAUACAGGACUCUGUGGUCUUUGAGGAUGUGGCUGUGUACUUUACCCAGGAGGAGUGGGCUUUGCUGGACCUUGCUCAGAGGACCCUCUACCGAGAUGUGAUGCUGGAAAACUUCCAGAACUUGGCCUCACUAGGAUACCUGCUGGACACACCUCACCUCAUCUCCCAGUGGGAACAAGAGGAGGACCUGCAGACAACAAAGGGAGGACUUACCCAUGACAUCUGUACAGCAGAAUACCAGGAAGGUUUUGAGACCAAAUCUAAAACUAAUGAACCAAUUGCUCCACAAGACAUUAAUGGAGAAAAAGUAUCUCAUGAACAGAAAAUUCUAAGAUUCAAAAGGAAUGAUUCCUGGUCCUCCAUUUUAUGUGAAAACUUGGAAUACCAUGAUACUGAUCAACAGAGCAAAAGCCAUGAGACACAUUUGAGUCCUGUGGUAGAGAACAUCUCUGAACGUAAUGAGGAAAGUCAGCGAGGACACACCUUGAGCCACAUUCCAAACCUCAAGAGAACUACUGAGGUGAAACCCUGUGAACGCCAUGAGUGUGGAAGGGCCUUCGGGGACCAGCCAUCGCUUAGGACGCACAGCAUGUCUGACGCUGGAAGCAAACCCUAUCAGUGUAAGGCGUGUGGGAAAGCCUUCCAUUUUCUUGCCUGUUUUAAGAAGCACAUGAGAACUCCCAAUGAAGAGAAACCCUACGAAUGUAAGGAAUGCACCAAAGCCUUCAGCUGCUCCUCAUUCUUCAGGGUGCACAUGAAGCUUCACACCGGAAAGACCAACCAUGAAUGCCAGGACUGCGGGAAAGCUUUUAGCUGUGCCUCUUCCCUCACAGAACACAAAAGAACUCACAGCGGAGAUAAGCCCUACGAGUGCAAGGACUGUGGGAAGGCCUUCAGUUGUUCCUCCUCUCUCUCCAAACACAAAAGAAUUCACAGUGGCGAUAAGCCCUACGAGUGCAAGGACUGUGGGAAGGCCUUCAGUUCCUCCUCGCACCUCAUCAUACACCUCCGAAUCCACACAGGAGAGAAGCCGUACGAGUGUAAAGAGUGUGGGAAGGCCUUCAGCGAGUCCUCUAAACUCACCGUCCACCUGAGAACACACACCGGGGAGAAACCGUAUAAGUGUAAGGAGUGCGGGAAAGCUUACAACUGCCCCUCCUCCCUAAGUAUCCACAUGAGGAAACACACCGGAGAGAAACCCUACGAGUGUCUAGAGUGUGGGAAAGCCUUCUACCUCCCCACUUCCCUUAACACACAUGUGAAAAAUCAAAGCAGAGAGAAGCCCUACGAGUGCAAGGCCUGUGGGAGGGCCUUCAGCUGUCCCUCGGCCUUCAGAGCGCACGUGCGCGAUCACGCUGGGAAGAGCCAGUAUGAAUGUAAGGAGUGCGGGAAGACCUUCAAUCGCUCCUCUUCCCUCACUGAACACCUGAGAACGCACAGCGGAGAGAAGCCUUAUGAAUGCAAGGAAUGCGGGAAAGCCUUCAUAAGCUCCUCCCACCUUACGGUGCACAUAAGGACGCACACUGGAGAGAAACCUUACGCGUGCAAGAAAUGUGGGAAAGCCUUUAUUUACCCCUCAGCCCUUAGGAUCCACAUGAGAACGCACACUGGGGAAAAGCCCUAUGAAUGUAAACACUGCGGGAAGGCCUUCCGUCACUCUUCGUACCUCACGGUGCACGCAAGGAUGCACACUGGAGAGAAGCCCUUUGAAUGCCUCGAGUGUGGGAAGGCCUUCAGUUGUCCCUCCUCCUUCCGAAGACAUGUGAGAAGCCACACUGGAGAGAAGCCGUAUGAAUGCAAGGAGUGUGGCAAAGCCUUUGUGUGCCCGGCCUACUUUCGGAGACAUGUGAAAACUCACGCUAGAGAAAACACAUGAAUGUAAGGAACACAGGAACCUGCAAGGCUUCUUCAGAUCCUGGGCAGAUUCCGUGCAAAUGUGCGAAUGCAGGAGAUUGUCUUUUGUGAAGACCCGAGAGCAUCUGAGAGAAACUUCUGUGUGGUGAAGCCUGCGUGGAUAUCACUUCUGUGUAUAAGAAAAUUCACAGGAGAAAUGAAGAUCAAUGCCUCAUCAUUAACAUGAACUGCUGGGCCUUUGAAUUCUGAUACUCUCUGACGGGAACAUUUAAGGUGAUGCAUUUACCUCAACUCUAGCCAUAUGUUUUUUAGUAUGCAGUACAUUUAUUUUGGUUCAGAUAGAAAUAUUACUUCCAUUUCAAAGUCUUUUUGAUCCAAGGGGUAUUUGAAGUAUGUGUAUUUUUUCAUGUGCACAUACAUGAGUGAUCUUUUUUAGACUUAUCUCUAAUGAAUGCCCUUUGGUCUCUAAGUGUCUAGUCGUUAUGGUAUUGAUACUUUGGUUUCUGUUAUUGUUUUGGUAUAGCAUGGCAGAUACUGGAAAGUGCCCCAUAUUUUUCCAUUUCUUUUUUGUAACAGAAACUAAAAGUUUUGAGAAUAUCAGUUUUUACCAUUAAGAGUUCAAUUCUAGUAAAUAAUCCCAACAGCAAUUAAUAGGUAGAUCUUGAAAGGAAUGAUCUUAUCUGAUAUCCUAUUUUUAUAUUUUGUACUUUGCUUUUGCUCAUGGCUAGGAUUUGGACCCAAUGUUUUGAGUUUAAAAAUUGUAUUAACUUGGAUAUGGCUAGGAACUACAUUUCUCAGAAUUCUUUUUCUGGUUCCAGGUUAGAAUUGUCUAAAACAAGAAUUUGUAUGAGAUUUGGAAGGCAUAAAAGAAGAAGCCAUUUUCCACUUAGUGGACCAUCAGACAGAUGCACAGGGACCCUGUGGACUAAUUUUUAGCUCAUUUUCCUGAUUAUUAAACUCACUGAUCGAUACUUGAUCAAAACUCUAUAUAAAGUGAUUGACUUCUGUUUCCUUAGCUGCGUAGAAAAUCCAUCAGCUCCUCUAUUGAAGUCACACACUGCUUCUUGGCCUUUGUGACAAGUUCUGGUGUCAUUUCGCUGAUGUUGCAGCCUUGAUUUGUGUUGGUCCCGGUUUGGAGCAGUAUUGUUAUGUCCACAGUUCAGUCUUGUUAUGUACCUGUACUCAUGGAAAAAAUACACAUCUACCAAAGCUACUGUGAUCUCAAAGGCAAGAGGUCUGACUACCUACAGGUAGCUGGGAUAAGCAUCAGGCAGGAUGUCAUCCCAUGUUAAUGGAGAAAGAUUUAUAUUUGACAUCUUCAAGCAGGGAAAAGUUUUUUUAUUUUUAAUCUGAGAAGAUAAACAGUAUGAACUACUUUAGGUACAUUUGACCACUUUUUUUGUGUGUCUAUUGUAUCCUCUUUUUAUCUUUAAAAGUAUAUGAUACUUCCCCUUAGUCACAUUUUACUGGUUUUUUUUUUUUUUUUUUUUUUUUUUUUUUUAUUUAAACCAGCACCCAUAUGGAAUGCUGGCAUUGCAGGUUGAGGCUUAACCUACUAUGCCACAGUGCUGACCCCUAAUAGGCAUGAAGUAUGCUAAUCUUCAAUGUAGAGCUUGCUGGAAUUUCAUAUGGAUAUACACCCUGGUAAACCCAUUUCUAGGGCUCCAGAAAGUUCAUUCAUUCCCCUUCUCAAUAAUUAGUCCACAUAGACAACCAUAGUUUUGAGUCAUUACAACUGAUUAGGUUUGCUUAUUCUUGAUUUUUAAAAAUGUUAGACUAUAACAGUUUUGUACUUGUCAAAGCAUAGUUUGCUUUUUUAAAAAAAUUGAAAGGCAGAGUUAAAGACAUAGGGAAAUAUAGUGUGAUCUUCCAUUUGCUGGUUCACUCCCCAAAUCAAUGCAGCAACUGGGGCUGGACCAGACUGAAGCCAGGAGCCUGGAACUCCAUCAGGGUCUCCCACAUGAGUGGCAGGGCCCAAGCUAAUGGUUGCUUUCCCAGAUGCAUUAGCGGGUUAGAAGUGGAGCAGCCGGGACUCAGUGCUGGUGCUCUUUUGGGAUGCCAGUAUUGUGUGGCAGCUUAACCUGCUGUGGCACAGUGCUGACACCUAGUUUGCUUUUUAAAUGUCCUGUUGGUAGAAUUCUGACACUUACUUCUCUCAGUAUAUGCUGUAUAGAAGGAAUGAAGUUAAUGACUCAUAAGGGUUGACUUUAUGCUUAGUUUUGAUAGGUAUUCUAGUUUUUCAAAUUGUUGAUUCCACCAAAGAUUCUUAAAACAGUGCAUGAAUGUUUUAGUUGUUCUACACUUUCUAAUUUUGACUAUUUAUCAGAGAGUAUAGUGAUAUUUUCCUUGGUUUUAAUUUGCAGUGAUAUGUAAUGACUUUAUAAGCUUCUUGACUAUUAGGAUGUCUGCUUUUAUGAGGGAACCUAUUAACCACUUCAUCCAUUUUUCAUAUCCUUUUCUUUAAUUGAAGGGUUUCCUUCUGGUCACUUAUCCUUUAUUGGAUGUAUGAGUAUCUGUAUAUCUAGAUACAUAUGCAUAUAUAAAAAUCUAUAUUAUAUAUAAAGUAUA